CCCCGUGUGGCAGCGAAUUUCAAAAAUUUCAAAACAAACCCGAGAUUGUUGUUUUAACAUGCGAGUGUUUACUCUGAGCUAGCUGGCUGUUGCAGACGCAGCCCAAUUCCUCAUUUGAGAAAGAAAAAAGAAGCUGUUAAUAAAAAAAUGGACGCAGAUGAAAAGCACGACUCCGGCACAAACGACAUGUCGGUGAAUGUUCCCAAACCGCCUUCAAUCGAGGAUUUCACCGUGUUGAAGCCCAUCAGCCGCGGUGCUUUUGGCAAAGUCUACCUUGCGCGGAAGAAGUGCAACGCCCGACUGUAUGCCAUUAAGAUGAUGAAGAAAGCGGACAUGGUUGACAAAAAUAUGACGGGCCAGAUGAAGGCAGAGAGAGAUGCGCUUGCUUUGAGCAAAAGCCCCUUCGUGGUUCACCUGUUUUACUCCCUUCAGACAGCCACCAAGAUCUAUCUGGUUAUGGAAUACCUCAUUGGUGGAGAUGUCAAAUCUCUACUUCACAUCUUUGGUUAUUUCGACCAGGAUAUGUCUGUAAAAUACAUUUCAGAGGUUGCAUUGGCGUUGGACUACCUCCACCGCCACGGUAUAAUCCACAGGGACUUGAAGCCGGACAACAUGCUUAUAUCCAACAAAGGUCACAUCAAGCUGACCGACUUCGGCCUCUCUAAAGUCAAGCUUGACCACGAGCUGAGUCUUAUGGAUAUCCUAACCACGCCAUCUUUGGCGAAACCAAGAAAGGAUUACUUCCGCACCCCGGGUCAAGUCCUCUCCCUAAUCAGCACCAUUGGAUUUAAUUCACCUGCAGGAGAAAGCAAGCGUCACUGCAGCGCGUCUACUGUGUUUAGCCCCAUGUCCUGUGGCAAAAUAAAACAGAAGAACAGCUCUCUUGGUUCUCCCUUGUUGAAGAAAAAAGAUCAGCAGUACUCUCCGGUUCCUUGGAAAAUGGGACCCAACAAAAUGAUGUUCAGCCCUCACAACCUGGCUAAAAAUCUGACCCCCUCACUGCUGAAGAGCAGGAAGAGGUUUGAGACGAUGAGCGCAGGCAGCACCACCGACACCGAAGGUGGCAUCAGUCCACUGUGGGAGUUUGAGCUGAAAGAAAAUGAACACGCCAAUGGACAGAAGGGGAGAAGGCAUUCCGAGUCCAAAGGGCCUGAGCGGGAGUGUGCGCCCGACAAGUCCAACGUCGUUCUCCCGGACCGCCCCGCAGAAAAGGGGCCUCGUGCCACGGAUGAAAGCUGUUUCUCCGCCUCUGCGAAGAGGAAAUUUUCUGACGUCGAGAGAAGCCCCGAGAUUCGGGAGAUCCAAGCCAAGAGGAGUAACGCGGCUUCUACGAGAUGCUACGAGGAUCCGGGAGAGAAGGCGAGGUUUCACACCGGCCUGACCGGGAUAUUUUCCACCAUCCAAAUAGAUGGCUUCAUGGCCUCCUCUAAGGGGACUGACCGGAUCCCGAAGCGCUCCAGCCCCAUCGUCGUGACCAAAAGCCUGUUUACUGAACUGGAGGACGUGUUUGAAGACGGAGCCAAAGACCUGUCUCACUUAAGUUUCACGUCGCCGCUCACCGGGAACAGUGAUAUUUGCCGGAGCCUGAGCCUCGACUCCGACGGGUCCGUGCACGAAACGUCCCUCCAGCCAAGCAAGUGUUCCGAAAGCAGGAACUCGGAGCACGAGGGGAGCAAAGACUGGUCCAUCUGUGAAUCACUCCCGCAGACUCCAUCCGCCGUCGCUACGGAAACGCCCAAACUCGGUGCCUUUGGCCGGGGGGGGUCUCAGUGCUCGUUCCUCAACCGGCUCCCCGAGCAGGUCUGCGGCGGCGGCGGCGGCGCGCAGUCGCCCUCAUUCCUCAAGCCGCGGAACGUCGUGGCUUUCCGUAGCUACUGCAGCUCCAUUAACCGCUCCAACACGUCGGGCGUGUCGCGAUUCAGCGUCGGCUCCAUCGAGGCCAUGGACCUCUCCGCCGCAGCUUCUCAGCACUCUGCCUCCGGCAUCGCAACGCCAGUGCAGAAGAGGCCGAGCUCCAACAGCUCCCUCUGUCAGACUCCUCAGGCCAUGACGACCUCUCACACCCCUUUCAGGACCCCAAAGAGUGUCAGAAGGGGGGCUCUGCCCGUCGUGGGUGCACACAUUUUAGGAACCCCGGACUAUUUGGCCCCGGAGCUUCUGUUGGGAAAACCACACGGAAGUUGUCAGUGUGACUGCAUGGUGGACUGGUGGGCGCUUGGUGUGUGUCUUUUCGAGUUCCUCACAGGCGUGCCACCUUUCAACGACGAGACGCCUCAGCUGGUCUUCCAGAACAUUCUCAACAGAGAUAUUCCCUGGCCCGAGGAAGAGGAGGAACUGUCUGUAAACUCAAGAAAUGCGAUUGAUAUUCUCCUGACCAUGGACAUGACGCAACGAGCUGGUCUGAAGGAACUCAGGCGUCACCCUUUGUUCGAGGGCUUGGACUGGGACGACCAGCAGAACCAGACGAUGCCUUUCAUCCCUCAGCCGGAGAACGAAACCGACACCUCGUACUUCGACGCGAGAAACAACGCUCAGCACAUCGCCAUGUCCGGCUUCAGCCUGUAGAGAGACACACACACACACACACACACACACACACGCACACACGCACACAAACAAGUUUAAUAAAGCACAGGCUCGGUCCGUUACACAAAUUCAUACACGGUAAUAGUGUAGAUUCUGAUUAGUUUUUUGUUCAUGCUUGUAAUAUUUUAAACUUUUUACCUCCCGUGCAAUCACCGGCCAUAAGAGCCACAAACAAACUGAAUCUGUUGACUGUUGUUGUUGACAAGUCUGUUAUUUUAAACUUAGUAUUACCAUAUUACACAGUUAUGUCUCUUAAAUUAGGUUCUUAUUCUAGCAGAAUAGUGUUUACUACUGCUUCGCCUUUAUAAUUAGUUGUG